AUGGAGAAUAGUUCGAAUAGUGCACAACUCUCAUGUCAGGCCUUAUGUCAUGUUGCUACUAGCACAUCAGUUGACAUUCAUUGUAAGUUCAAGCAAAGAGGUGAUGAGGAAGAGUGUGAGGAAGACCUGCCUCUCCAGACAGAGGAGGAGUUGUGUGAUCCACUGCCAGUGUUCUCCUCUCGCUCUGCAUCUCCUGACAGCAUGGAGUCUGUUGGCUUCUUCACAUCUGCCUGCUCUUCACCAUCAGCUCUCUGCUCUGAACCCCCGUCUGCACAGCAAUCCAUCCUCUUAAAGCAGAACUCUUCUUCCAUGCCUAAAGAAGAGAAAAGUCAUUUCACAUAUGAGGACAAAACUCCCACAGACAUGAUCUCUGGCUGUCCUGAUCUAACUUUCACUCUAGAGGGCGCCACAGAGGUGUUAUCGAUCAACAGUCUGAGCAGGAAAAGCGGGGUUAAAGAUAAGAUCUUACCUAGUGUGGUAUCUGGAGUCUCACACUCAGCUGAGGGCUACACAAUAGAAGCUACACAUGCAGAGAGAAGGCUCUUGAGCACACUUAACCUUCACCCUAACUGCUACAGUAAUGAGGACAAUCAGUCAGUGUGCUCAAUUCCCGAGACCCCGGUGGAGAGUCAUAACUUUUUAUCACCCAAUCAUGAGAAGUUUACUUACCAUAAGACAGUGGAGGAUGCUGUUAGCAUUAAGUCAAAGAAUCUGACUGAGAAUGAAAAGUGGAUCAUUUCACCCACUAAACCAAAAACAGAAUAUGUUCACCUGCAGGAUUCAGAGGCAUCAGGAAUCUCCAGCUUUCUGGAACUAAAGCCCUUAAGGGUAGGCAACAUACUGGAAGUGGUGCAUUCCACGGACAAGAAUCCAUGA